AGUUAAACGAUAAUUUUCGUCCCGUGAACUGCAAUGAACGUGAAAGAAGAUAUAAAUUACGCCUUUUCGCUGUGUCGCCAAUGUUUACGAAUAUGUGGCGUAUGGCCCGAUCCAUUUGUGCCUUCGAGUGGUUCCUAUCGAUUAAAUAUCAGAUUCAUACUCGUUACGUGUAUCCUAUGCCUUUACGUGUUUCUGCCGCAACUGAUGAAUAUGAUUCUUGCUUGGGGAAAUUUAACUCGCGUGGUGGAAUACAUGGUUUCCGUAAACUACUGUUUGAUGGGAAUAUGCAAAUUACUCAGCACUUGGUAUUACGGUGACGCGCUUCGCAUGCUGAUGACAUCGGUCAUGAACAAUUGGAUGACUUCAAAGAAUGACCGGGAACGAAAUACAAUGUUAAAAGUUACAAGACGUGGAAGAAACUUACUUCUUAGAUGUUACAUGGCCGCAGGGUGCACAUUCAUAUGUUACCUAUAUUUCAAUUUUCUGAAGUUCUAUCAAAGUAUGCAUCAACCUGUACGGAGUCUCGUGUAUCAGUUUUCCUAUCCUUAUUUUCAAAAGAGUCCGAACUACGAAAUCACGUUUGUGAUUCAACUUUUUGGUGGCUUAUGCGGAGGCUUUGUCAACACUACCGUCGACAGUUUCAUCUCUAUACUCACACUGCAAACAUGCGGACAGCUGAUAAAUUUACGAUUGGCGCUCAACAAUCUGGUCGACGAAUUAGCUAAAGGAUCUAUAUCUUCCUCGAGAUUUAAGAAAGGAUUAGCCGCGAUCACUAUGCGUCACGAACUUCUUAUCAGGAACACCAAGAUAGUUGACGACUGCUACAGCAUAGUGUUAUUCAUACAUAUGGUAGCCGCUACUUUUCAGCUGUGUUUUGUAAGCUUUCAAGUCUUCACGAUAGUAAAAAAUCAUAUCGAUUUACCUUUUAGCAAAAUAGCAUUCCUCACGUUCUAUGUCUCGGCUGUCUUGUCGCAUUUAUACAUGUAUUGUUACUCUGCUGAAAGACUUUUAACGGAGAGCACCAACUUGGUGUAUGGCAUGUAUGAAUGUAAGUGGUACGAUAUAUCGCCGAAAGACGCUAAAGAUUUAAUGUUCAUUGUGUACCGAUCUACAAUUUCGCUUAAAUUAACAGCUGGAAAAUUCGGAACGUUUUCAUUAGAAUUGUUCGAAACAACAGUGAAAACGUCAAUAGGAUACGUAUCUGCAUUGCUGACGUUGACAAAUUAAAGAGUAUAAUGCUGAAAUAAUGUUAAAUUAAUAGUACACGCUUGAUUUCUUUAUAUACUAUGUUAUUAAAUUUAUACAUAUUACCUGUAACGCAACUUUUGCUGGCUAAAUAUAUGUUCUUGUGCAA